ACAAACAAAAGAUAAAUUAGCUUAGCAAAAAAGAAAAGAAAAACAAAAGAUAAAUUAAAAACAACCCAAAUUCCCGAUUGAUUUGUCUUUCUCUGUCUUCCCGUUGUCACCGUCCCGUUCCGACCGUUCAAACCUCCCCUUCGAUUAGCCGACAAAACUCACAGAACCAAAGAAGAACAUCAGAAAUAAAAUAUUCGCAAAACAAAUAUAUAAUAUUCAAACCACCCAGAAAUAUUCGCCUUUAUAAUUAUAAAUAAAUAUAUUUACUGGAGGAAAAAGAAUACAACAUUAAAACAAAUACAAAAAAGACCAAAACAGUCUCUCCUACACUAAUACACAACCGUUACCUUACACUCCAGUCUCCACUGUUCUCACUCUUCUUCUUUUUCUCCUCUUUUAAUUUCUCUGUGAUUUUUGUUCUUCAUUGCUUGGAUUUCGUUUUCAGAGAUUUUGUAGUGUUGUUGCAUUUGCUUCUGAGAGCUAGGGUUUCGGCAUUAUCAUGUGAAACCCUAGCGAGGGUUGGGUUGGGGGUUAGGGUUUUCUCGAGAUCUGUAAUCGGCUAGCUGAGAGCUUUGCAAUGGGAAAUUGUUGCAGAUCUCCGGCGGCCGUAGCCAGAGAAGACGUGAAAUCGAACUUCUCUGGUCACGAUCACCGGCGAGACUCGAAUGCCGGGAAGAAAGCUCCGAUCACUGUGCUAAACGGCGUUCCGAAGGAGAACAUUGAGGAGAAGUACUUGGUGGAUCGGGAACUCGGGAGGGGGGAGUUCGGAGUGACUUAUCUUUGUAUUGAUCGACAGACGAGGGAGUUACUGGCUUGCAAGAGCAUUUCAAAGCGGAAGCUAAGGACCGCGGUGGACAUCGAGGAUGUGCGCCGCGAGGUGGCGAUAAUGAAGCAUUUGCCGAAGAAUUCGAGCAUCGUGACGUUGAGGGAGGCCUGCGAGGACGACAAUGCCGUGCAUUUGGUGAUGGAGUUGUGCGAGGGUGGCGAGCUUUUUGAUCGGAUUGUGGCGAGGGGGCAUUACACGGAGCGGGCCGCCGCGGCGGUGACCAGGACGAUCGUGGAGGUCGUGCAGCUCUGCCACAAGCACGGGGUGAUCCACAGGGACCUGAAGCCGGAGAACUUUCUGUUUGCCAACAAGAAGGAGAAUUCUCCUUUGAAGGCGAUUGAUUUUGGGUUGUCCAUAUUUUUCAAGCCAGGUGAGAAGUUCUCUGAAAUUGUGGGAAGUCCAUAUUACAUGGCUCCAGAGGUGCUGAAGCGCAGUUAUGGGCCAGAAAUUGAUAUAUGGAGUGCAGGAGUUAUUCUGUACAUUUUGUUGUGCGGGGUUCCUCCUUUUUGGGCUGAGUCUGAACAAGGUGUUGCACAGGCAAUAUUACGUGGGUUAAUAGAUUUCAAACGUGACCCAUGGCCCAAUAUCUCAGAAAGCGCCAAGAACCUAGUCAAGCAGAUGUUGGAGCCAGACCCAAAGCUACGACUAACUGCCAAGCAAGUUCUUGAGCAUCCUUGGCUCCAAAAUGCUAAAAAAGCGCCAAAUGUCCCUCUUGGAGACAUUGUCAAGUCAAGGCUUAAGCAAUUCUCAAUGAUGAACAGAUUCAAACGGAAGGCCUUGAGGGUUAUUGCCGAUUUCUUAUCCACUGAAGAAGUUGAAGACAUCAAGGAAAUGUUUAGAAAGAUGGACACAGACAAUGAUGGUAUUGUUUCAAUUGAGGAACUAAAAUCUGGACUUCGAAAUUUUGGUUCCCAGCUUGGAGAGUCUGAAGUUCAGAUGCUCAUUGAAGCUGUUGACAAUAAUGGAAAAGGAACUCUGGACUAUGGAGAAUUUGUUGCUAUUUCUCUCCACCUACAAAGAAUGGCCAAUGAUGAGCAUCUUCACAAGGCCUUUUCCUAUUUUGAUAAGGAUGGAAAUGGUUACAUUGAGCCAGAUGAGCUCAGAGAUGCCUUGAUGGAAGAUGGAGCUGAGGAUUGUACAGAUGUAGCGAAUGACAUAUUCCUAGAAGUUGACACGGACAAGGAUGGGCGUAUUAGCUAUGAUGAAUUCGUGGCGAUGAUGAAGACUGGGACAGAUUGGAGAAAGGCCUCUCGGCAUUACUCAAGGGGAAGAUUCAACAGUCUUAGCGUGAAGCUUAUGAAGGAUGGUUCCUUAAAUUUGGGGUAGGUUACUGAGAUACACGCGAUGUUGCUUUUCAACAUAUCCAUACAAAAGAAGUGCUGUAUCAUUUUUCUGAACAUCUGGUACUUGCUUUCUUUUGUGAUUAUUUGUUGGCGUCUCUUUGAUCAAAAUGGGCCUCUACGUUUGCUUGGUGCCUUACGAUGAUUAUGAUGGAGGUCUUGAGUACAAUUAUUUGUCGGUCGGCAAAUGUUGAUUGUGUUAAACAAGGUCCUUGUAGCUACGGCGCAGCCUGUAUGAUUCUGUCCUUUUUUACCAUUUCAACCUUUCUGUGAUUGUUUUUGGUUGACAAUGUGGAGUUGAACUGCAAGUGCUGCAGCAUACUUUUGUAAAAGAAAUAUGAAGAUCUUGGUAGUGUGAA